GCCUGGUUCUGAGCCUUCGCUCCUGUUCCGGAGCUCCUGCAGGACUGCCUAAGGGCAGGGACAGCUAUCUGCUCAGAUCUACUCCCUGGACCUCCUCCGAGUAGGUGUGCUCAGUCAUGGAGGUCGCAGACCUGGCCGGGAAGAUCUUUUCCACCUGGUUGACGCUUGUGCUCGUCCUCAUUCUCUUGCCUUCGGCUUUCGGGGUGUCUUUGGGCAUCUCCGAGCUCUACAUGAAAAUCCUGGUGAAAACUUUAGAGUGGGCCACAUUACGAAUUGAAAAAGGAGUCCCAAAGGAGUCAGCUCUUAAAAACUCAGCUUCUGUUGGUAUUAUCCAAAGAGAUGAGUCACCCAUGGAAAAAGGGCUCUCUGGUCUGCGAGGAAGGGACUUUGAGCUCUCUGAUGUGUUUUAUUUCUCCAAGAAGGGAUUGGAAGCCAUUGUGGAAGAUGAAGUGACCCAGAGGUUCUCCUCAGAGGAGUUAGUAUCGUGGAAUCUCCUCACAAGGACCAAUAUAAACUUCCAGUACAUUAGCCCACGGCUCACCGUGGUGUGGGUGCUGGGUGUCAUAGUACGCUACUGUGUCCUGCUGCCUCUGCGGGUAACCUUGGCUUUCAUUGGGAUUAGUUUGCUCGUUAUAGGAACUACGCUGGUUGGGCAGCUGUCAGAUGGCAGCCUCAAAAACUGGCUGAGUGAACUGGUCCACCUGACCUGUUGUCGGAUCUGUGUGCGAGCCCUCUCUGGUACCAUUCAUUACCAUAACAAGCAGCACAGACCCCAGAAAGGAGGCAUUUGUGUUGCUAACCAUACCUCUCCAAUAGAUGUUUUGAUCUUGACAACGGAUGGAUGCUAUGCCAUGGUUGGCCAGGUUCAUGGUGGACUGAUGGGAAUUAUUCAGAGAGCCAUGGUCAAAGCUUGUCCACAUGUCUGGUUCGAACGUUCAGAAAUGAAGGAUCGACACUUGGUUACUAAGAGACUAAAGGAACACAUUGCUGAUAAGAAGAAGUUACCUAUAUUAAUCUUUCCUGAAGGAACUUGCAUCAACAACACUUCAGUCAUGAUGUUUAAAAAGGGAAGCUUUGAAAUUGGAGGAACUAUACAUCCAGUUGCAAUUAAGUAUAACCCUCAGUUUGGUGAUGCCUUUUGGAACAGUAGUAAAUACAAUAUGGUGAGCUACCUGCUUCGAAUAAUGACCAGCUGGGCUAUCGUCUGUGAUGUGUGGUACAUGCCUUCCAUGACCAGAGAGGAAGGAGAAGAUGCAGUCCAGUUUGCUAAUAGGGUUAAGUCUGCUAUUGCUGUACAAGGAGGAUUGACUGAACUUCCCUGGGACGGAGGGCUGAAAAGAGCAAAGGUGAAGGACACGUUUAAGGAAGAGCAGCAGAAGAAUUACAGCAAGAUGAUUGUGGGCAAUGGGUCUCUCAACUCCCAAUUGAACUGA